AUGAAACGAGGAAGAAAAAACAGCAAAGCCAGCGAUCCUUUAUCUGAUGAGGAGAAUGCAGCAGAUGGCAAAAAGCCGAAGACGGCGGAUCAGGGAUGUGCCGGAGCGCUUCAGAGCCCUGAUUGGGGAAACCUCAUACCGGAUAUUGUUCUGCAGGUGUUCCAGUAUUUGCCCCUCCUCGAUCGUGCUCAUGCAUCGCAGGUCUGCCGCGGGUGGAACCAGGUGUUCCAUAUGCCUGAACUGUGGAGAUAUUUUGAGUUUGAACUGAAUCAGCCGGCUACGUCUUACUUGAAGGCUACUCAUCCAGAGCUUAUUAAGCAGAUUAUCAAAAGGCAUUCCAAUCAUCUACAGUAUGUUAGUUUCAAGGUGGACAGCAGCAAGGAAUCUGCUGAAGCAGCUUGUGAUAUUUUGUCACAGCUUGUGAACUGCUCCUUGAAAACUCUUGGAUUAAUUUCCACUGCUCGGCCAAGCUUCAUGGAUUUACCAAAGUCUCACUUUAUUUCUGCAUUGACUGUGGUGUUUGUAAACUCCAAGUCACUGUCUUCACUUAAGAUAGAUGAUACACCAGUAGAUGAUCCAUCUCUCAAGGUACUAGUGGCUAACAACAGUGACACCCUAAAACUGCUAAAGAUGAGCAGCUGUCCUCACGUUUCUCCAGCAGGUAUCCUCUGUGUAGCUGACCAGUGCCAUGGUUUACGCGAGCUGGCUUUAAACUACCACCUGCUGAGCGACGACCUCCUCCUUGCCCUGUCUUCGGAAAAACAUGUCCGAUUAGAACACUUGCGCAUAGAUGUAGUCAGCGAGAACCCCGGACAGACGCACUUCCACGCGAUCGAGAAGAGCAGUUGGGACGCGUUCAUCAGACACUCUCCCAAAGUGAAUUUAGUCAUGUAUUUUUUCUUGUACGAGGAAGAAUUUGGCCCGUUCUUUCGUUAUGAGACACCCGUCACUCACCUUUAUUUCGGGAGGUCAGUCAGCAAAGACGUACUGGGCAGAGUCGGGAUGACGUGUCCCCGGUUGGUCGAACUGGUUGUGUGCGCCAACGGAUUGCGGCCGCUGGACGAAGAGCUGAUUCGCAUUGCGGAGCGCUGUAAGAACCUGUCUGCCAUUGGCCUCGGGGAGUGUGAAGUCUCCUGCAGUGCCUUUGUGGAGUUUGUGAAAAUGUGCGGUGGCCGCCUUUCUCAGUUGUCCAUAAUGGAAGAAGUCCUGAUUCCUGACCAGAAGUACAGUUUGGAGCAGAUUCACUGGGAAGUGUCAAAGCAUCUCGGUAGGGUCUGGUUUCCAGAUAUGAUGCCCACGUGGUAGAGUCUCUGAGGACUUCACAC